AUGUCCAACAAAAUAACCGAUGCUCGCCUGGAAUGGCUGGAAGACACAAGACGGCGAAAGAGUAUGCUCAUCAAAAAGCUUGAGGAGGAGGAGAAGAAAAUGAUGGGUGAAAAGGGCGCAUCCGCGGACGCCGCGGCAGAACCGACGCCGCAGCAAGAUUCUGAGGGCCAGCUGCCAGACGCGCUCGAAAAGUACCAAUUGAACAUUGACCGGUAUAAAGAGGAGCUGCUCGCGAUUGAAAAGGAAUUUGAGUCCUGGCAGGAAAUGGGAUUUAGCCUGCCUGCUUCGAAAGGCGUGGAGACGGACGCCAGCACAUAA